AUGGAUAUCAAAGAAUCUUAUUAUCAAUCGCAAUUCGUUGAGGCCAAGUGUUCUCGUGUGCGAUGGCUGGAUGUUGGAAAACGUCAGAAGAAAUUUCUUACUUCUUCGUACGAUUCUCCAAGAAAUGAAAUAGCUGCCUGGUCUAUAACUGAAGAAUCUGAAUUAAUUGAUGGUAGUUUUGCAUGUGAAUGCAGACUGAAUGUCGACGCGGACGUAAAUGAUUUGUUGGUAUAUGAUGCUACAAAAUUCGCAGCUGCUACCAACGAUGGUACGUUGAGAUUACUAGAAUAUGAUGAAGGCGUCAUCAAACCAAUUAGAAAAUAUUCAGGUGUUCAUGAUGGAUCUGCUUGUAAUGCUUUGUGUUAUAAUGAUGGUAAGAUCAUAUCUGGUAGCGAAAAUGGCACAAUAGUCUGUAUUGAUCUAGAAGGCAGCACCAGUCUCCCUAUUCCAUUGAAUAUGGCGAGCAUACGGUCUUUGGCAUCAGUGAGCAAGAAUAUUUGUGUAUCAGCCCAUCUGGAUGGGCAGAUUUGUGUCUGGGAUUUCAGAGAAAAAUUAGUGUCAUCAUCCAGACCCCUGUAUUCUUGUAGAGUGACAGAUUGGUUUCAGGGUGCCAUAUCGCUUGCUGUUCAUCCCGCUGAACCUAAUUUGGUUGGUUUUGGUACUGAAGAUGGUGGGAUUGGUUUCCUCGACACACAUCCUGGUAGCUACUUGUUAAAUGUUAUUUCAGUUCCCUUCCCUGUUGGUACUAUCUGGGAGAUUGCUUUCCAUCCAGUAUAUCCGUCAAAUUUGUAUUGCGCAACUGGCAAAGGCCAUUUACUGCAUCUGAGUGUCAAAGACGAUUUUACUGACUCCAUUUCAAAUUUCAAGAACGAACCACGAGCGAAUGCGUGGCUUUCUUCAUCAGUUCGUUCUGGCAAUGCUAAUGUCUCCACUAUUCUUGAUUGUCUUUUAUCUAUUAAUUCUUUUAGUAUAUCAGUAAAUGGAAUCAUCGCAUGCUCAGACGAUCAAAUGAUUACUUAUAUUGAUAAAAAAUACCUGGGGCAGUCGUCCCCAUCAUGA